GCAGGCAUUCGGUUGUUAGAACUGAAUCGCCAUGGUUGGCGGUUCUCGCUUUCGGAUGGGAAGGUGACGAUGCCCUCCCUUGCCUUGGUCUGAUCGAUUUCGAUACAAAGGGAGACUUGGCAUUCACGGUGGCCGUGAUUCGUUUUGGGGAGGGGGGGGAGUUGCUGUGUAAAUGUCUACCAAACAAGGAAACCACGGCCUCUGCAAAUCUGCAGAUUCUUCAACUCCACUUAGAAGGCUAAAGAUUUUAUCAAAUCAACCAAGUAACAGAUUUUGUGCCGACUGUGACUCACCAGACCCGAAAUGGAUCUCACUGAAUCUUGGAGUAUUUAUCUGUAUCAAGUGCUCUGGGGUUCAUAGAAGUCUUGGAGUUCAUGUCUCUAAGGUUUUAUCAAUGAAGUUAGAUGAAUGGACAGAUGAACAGGUUGAUUCCCUAACUGAUGGGGGCGGUAAUUCCGCCAUAAAUAUUAUAUAUGAAGCCUUUUUGCCUAAUUAUAUUCAAAAGCCAAGACCAGAUUCCUCCAUUGAGGAACGCACAGAUUUUAUCAGGAGAAAAUAUGAGCUGCAACAGUUCUCAACCUUUAAUGCACAAGUUGGAUCUGAAAUAUCUGCCGGUGAUAACACAUCUUUUCAGAACAAUGCUGCAAACAUCAAAAAUUUUGAGAAGCAACAGACUGGUAGUCGUUAUGGUCGAGGUCAUGCAUUUCGCAACAGUUGUCGAAGAAAGGAAUCUGAACAUAAGGAAGUAAAGAAAAUGAUGGGCAUGGUCGAGUUUGUUGGAUUAGUUAAAGUCAACAUAAUUAGGGGGACCAACUUAGCUGUUCGGGAUGUGAUUACCAGUGAUCCAUAUGUUAUCCUGAACUUGGGACACCAGUCGAUGAAAACACGGGUGAUCAAGAGCAAUCUGAACCCUGUAUGGAAUGAAAAACUGAUGUUAUCAAUCCCAGAUCCCAUUCCACCUCUGAAGCUACAAGUGUAUGAUAAGGACACAUUCUCAACCGACGAUCGCAUGGGGGAGGCCGAGAUAGACAUCCAGCCGCUGCUUGCAGCAGCCCAAGCAUAUGAAAACACCAACAUCUUCGAGCCCAUGCAGCUCGGGAAAUGGCUGGCCACCAACGACGACACACUGGUCAAGGAUAGUGUAAUUUCCCUUGUUGAUGGCAAAGUAAAACAGGAGAUUACCCUCAGACUUCAAAAUGUCGAACGUGGUGAGCUGGAGAUUGAACUUGAAUGUGUCCCUCUCACCCAAUAGAAUGAGGAAAAUUACUUUGUACAGACUCUUCAUUUGUUUCUGGGACGCAAAUCUGCAGGAAUUGUUAGCUUCAGCUUAAUGGUCUCUGUUAAUUGACCGCAUUAUGUGGUGGCUCUUUCUUUA